AAUUGGACGGUGACCACGAUGGCCAUGCAAAUAACAACAGGGACGACUGAGCUGCGCGACAUCACCCGUAUGGAGCGCAUUGGCGCGCAUUCUCAUAUCCGUGGCCUGGGGCUCGAUGACAGAUUAGAACCGCGUGCAAACUCUCAAGGGAUGGUCGGCCAAGCAAAAGCCCGCAAAGCAGCAGGCAUGAUUCUAAAAAUGGUGCAGGAGGGGAGAAUAGCUGGUCGGGCAAUGCUCUUCGCCGGUCCCCCCUCAACAGGAAAGACGGCCAUUGCACUAGGCGCGUCUCACGCAACAAUUCUCUUCUUGCUUGAUGCUGACAGCACUCCAGGCAUGGCGCAGACACUGGGCUCGGAUGUCCCAUUUACUAUGAUUGCUGCGAGCGAAGUGUUCUCGCUUUCCAUGUCCAAAACAGAGGCUCUCACUCAGGCAUUCCGAAGAAGUAUCGGUGUGCGGAUAAAAGAAGAGACUGAGCUCAUCGAAGGCGAGGUCGUCGAAAUUCAGAUUGACAGGAGUUUAACCGGAGCCACAAAAACGGGAAAACUCACAAUCAAAACAACGGAUAUGGAAACAAUUUAUGACUUGGGGACCAAAAUGAUCGACGCAUUAUCGAAAGAAAAGGUUCUGGCUGGCGACGUAAUCGCAAUCGACAAAACCUCUGGCAGAAUAACGAAACUCGGCAGGUCUUUCGCAAGAUCGAGAGACUACGAUGCUAUGGGCGCUGAUACAAAAUUUGUUCAGUGUCCUGAGGGUGAAAUACAAAAGCGCAAAGAAGUCGUACAUACCGUGUCUCUUCACGAAAUCGACGUUAUAAACAGUCGAACACAAGGUUUCCUUGCGUUGUUUGCUGGGGAUACCGGGGAAAUCAAGCCCGAACUUCGCAACCAAAUCAACACCAAGGUUGCUGAGUGGCGCGAAGAGGGUAAGGCGGAAAUUAUUCCUGGGGUCCUGUUUAUCGACGAGGUUCACAUGCUUGAUAUCGAAUGUUUCUCAUUCCUCAAUCGCGCCCUUGAGAACGAGCUCUCCCCUUUGGUAAUCAUGGCGUCAAACCGAGGGAUGGCUCGCAUUCGAGGAACCAAAUUCCGAUCACCACACGGUCUCCCGGUGGAUCUUUUAGACCGCGUACUCAUCGUGAGCACCAAGCCAUAUCUUGAAGAAGACAUUGCGCAAAUUAUUCAAAUUCGGUGUCAAGAAGAGGAUGUCGUCCUCAGCAACGAUGCAGCCAUUGUUUUAACCCAAAUGGCCAUGGAGACAACGCUGCGGUACGCGCUGAACCUUAUAUCGUGCGGCCAAGUCGUAGCAAGGAAGCGGAAAGCCGUCGAGGUCGACGUGGACGAUUUACGAAAGGCUUAUAAAUACUUCAUGGACGAAAAGCGGAGUGUGCAGUGGUUAAAAGAGCAGCAAGGCUCACUUGUAUUUGAGGAAAUCAAUGGAGUGGCGGAGGACGCGAUGAUGACAGAUUAG